UGUUUUACUUUGGUACAUUCGGACUUCCAAAUUUACCAAUCAGAUAAAUUCUUAAUUAGUGAGAUGAAAUCCAUAGUUUCCCUGUUAAUUCAUUUAUGUGUAAUUUAUGCUAACAAAUGAACUUUAUAAGACAAGAGGCAACACCUUAUUGCCGUCUGGUGACAAACGAUAUAUUUACGAAAGAGGAUGGUGAGUUCCUCGUGAAGCAUGGAGCACUUCCAGAGGAAAGAAUAGCUGUGGAAACCGGAGGCUGUCCACAUGCCGCAAUCCGGGAAGAUAUUAGUAUCAAUUUAGGUCCUCUGGAAGAGCUAUCCAACUUAUACAAAGCUGAUAUUCUUCUUUGUGAAUCUGGUGGAGAUAAUUUAGCUGCUAAUUUCAGCAGGGAGUUGGCUGACUUUAUCAUUUACAUAAUUGACGUGUCUGGAGGUGAUAAGAUUCCUAGAAAAGGUGGCCCAGGAAUUACUCAAGCAGACCUCCUAGUCAUAAACAAGACUGAUCUGGCUGCAGCAGUUGGAGCUGACCUGGCAGUCAUGGAACGUGAUGCUCUUCGGAUGAGGGAUGGAGGUCCCUUCGUAUUUUCUCAGGUGAAGCAUGGUGUUGGUGUUGAGCAAAUUGUGAACCACGUUUUACAAGCUUGGGAAGUAGCGACAGGGCAGAAGAUCAAGUGUUUGUACCAGUACCACUUUUUAAGUUUGUACCAAACCCGUUGUAUAUCUAGCCAUUUUGCAAACCUUGACAAAGUUUUGGGUCUUCGCCCAAGAUUAAUAAUAAACUACGAAUAAAUAACCGGUUUGAUUCAUUGUUUUCUGCCUUGUUGUCUUUUUAACUAUUUUAGUUUGAUACACAUCUGGAAGCUUUGAGCCUUAAUGAAGUUUAGAGAUGUUGUACAGCUCCUUCCUAACAGAGAAAACAAGACCACCAGAUGUCUUGCACCCUCAAUAGCUUGAUCCAAAAAGAGCAGGCAUUACGAGGAUCACACCACACAAAAGGACCCACUAGUAUCAGGCCAUUAACAUGGUUUUCCAGUGUCAAGGCAAGGUCAAGAGAAGUGAUCAACCUGUUGGCCGUCAAGGAAAGUGAUCAACCGGUCAGCUGUCGCAUUCAGAUGAUCCACAACUGCCAUAUGCAAGUUGCAAGCCUAAGAGAUGACAACUCUGUUAAACAUUCUGCCAUGUUAAACUUUCCGGCAACUUAUUUACCUCAAUUCAAUGGCUGGAACCUAUGUAUAUACCACAGCAUUAGAAUGUUCUACUUACAUUUCUUCAUUUGUCUCUAGGAAUGGCGCUUGGUAUAUACUUGUAACCCAAUAUACUGAAAAUGAUUAUCCUCUUCACUGUCCUUA